UAAACACAGACGAGAUCAAACAUGGCAGAGAGCACAAGCCCAAAAGGCAACUCUGGCGAUUUUGCUAAAAAAGUGCAAAGACAGCUGAGCAGAGGCAAAGAAAAGGUGAUGCAAAGGCUUGGAAAGUCGAUGGAGACGAGAGAUGAUCAGUUUGAACACUCCCUCCAGAUGUUCAACGACCAGCAGACAGACGGGAACCGGAUGUACAAGGACUUACGGAACUACAUUGAUGCAAUAAGAGACAUGCGUGAAGCGUCACGACGCCUCUCUCAGUCUCUGUUUGAUGUUUAUGAAAGCGACUGGGCUGGAGAGGAAGACCUGGGAGCCAUUGUUGAGGGCGAGGACCUCCUGUGGAACGACCACGAGGUGAAGAUGUUGGACCAGGUCGUCCGCACCAUGGAGUCCUACGUGGGACAGUUCCCAGAUAUUCGGGAGAAAAUUGCCAAGAGGGGAAGAAAACGGGUGGAUUACGACUCGUCCCUUCACACCCUGGAGUCUCUGCAGACCGCCAAGAAGAGGGACGAUAUCAAGAUAAGCAAGGCAAAGGAAGAGAUGCUAGCUGCCAAAAACAUCUAUGACGGGAUCAACAAUGAGCUGAAAGAGGAGCUGCCUGUCCUCUAUGACAGCCGCAUCGGAUGUUACGUGGCUGUCUUCUCAGCUGUGUCUAAUUUACGAGACAUCUUCUAUAAGGAAAUGAGCACGCUCAAUCUUGAUCUGCAGUGUGUGAUAAAAGAGCUGCAGGCUCAGCAUCCUGACAAAACGUUUUCUGUGAGGGGGCUGCAGAGGUAUGGCUCCCUGAAGAGACGGACUCUGCUGUCCCCCAGGGCCUGGAAGGCCAGUUUUUCCGAAUUUAACCGGACCUACAAUCCCAGAAUGAGCCUGCGGUCCAGUCUCAAGUCUCCGGAUAAACCGCGCCACAGCACUCUGUCCAGAGACAGCAGCACACUCGGCUUCUCCUCUCGGUCGUCCACCCUGAACAGGAGCCUGACCGAAUCCAGAGAGCUGGACACGACUUCCUGCCACUCCGAGAACCGAAGCUCUGUGGCGCAGGAGGAAGCCGCAGCGGGAACAUCUGGGAAAGAGAAGUCCGGAGCAGCCAGCGGUCAGGCCGAAGAGGGGAAGAGCUCCAAAGAGGUAGAAGAUAAAAAAGAUGGAGAAAAAGCUCCACCAAGUGAGAGCAGCUCUGAACUGAACAACUCCUGCGAGUCGGAGAGCUUGGAGCUGCAGCUGUCCGCAGCCCAAAGCGAAACGCUGCACAUCGAAGAAAAAGAAGAAGAAACCUCUGCGACCCUUGACUCACAGAAAGCAAACGGUCUAAAGAACGGCGACGUCGGCGCGUUGAACUCUGACACCAGCAACCUGCGCAUUCCUCAGAAGGAGGGUGCUGGAGAAAAACAAGCGCCCCACGACUCAAAGACCACAACGGUUUAAAGGUUUCACACUUUAGAAAAGAAACAGAAGACUGAAAACGACAGCUGGUCAAGAGGCAAAAAUAAAAAGGAAGAAGACAGCCGGGCAGACGAGUCCAACUGUUGUUUAAUGACUGAUGUUUCUGGUAGUUUUCUCAUUUAUCUUUCAAUCAAAUCAAGUUUGUCCCAGAAGGAGCUUCUCAUUUUAAUAAAAACAAACCAAACAGAAAGUGUUCUUGAAUAAACAGUUUAUUAGUAUAAAUGCACAAGGUAGCACAUUGUGCUUAGCUUCUCUUAUUAGAAGAAACUGAACUAAACUGAUAAUUUUUAUGUUUUUACUAACUGGAAGGCCAAAACCAAAGCAUGAUGAGUCAAGAUUGUCAGGGAUUAAUAACAUCUUACACAUUUAAUGAUACGUAGAAAUAUUUCUAACAUUUAUUACUAAAAAAUCUAAUAAGUUAGAGUUUGCAGUGCAUCUUUAUGUGUUGUGUUUGGCUUAAUAAGAGUUGAAAUUGGUUUUUAAAUUUGUGUAAUUCAUGUAAAGUAUACACCUUGAACUUUUCACAUUUUGGUUACAUUGCAACCACUAAUUUUUAUGUUUUUAUUGCAACCUUGCUGAUAGAUAACACAAAUCUGGACAUAAUUGAGUAGUUAAUGAUGAGAAUCAAUACAGGGUUUAAAUUUUUCUCUGCAGCUAAGCAUGAACAAGAAAUAAAGCUGUAAUUGCUCAAACUUAA